AUGCCCCUAACAUCACCCAUCUAUGAUCUCAACAAUGUUCCUCUGGUCCAUGGCUCCUCUUACAUAAAAUGGCAUCUCCCACACUCCAUCCACAGCAGCCACCAUGGCCGCACCGCCAAGUGUCCCAUCGCCAAUCACCGCGUCGAGUACAACUACGGCAAGAUUAUUCCUGUUCGCCUUGCCAUCGACAAGACCAACAGCCUGGCCGAGUGCCCCAUCGAGCUCGAGGUCCUACAAGAAUUCCCCACAGCACCACCCUCCUCCGCCGGCCCCGCCGAGUAUGUUGAGGAGAGCGAGGCGUUCGUGCGGGAAUCGGGAUUCCGGCCCAGGCCUUCAGGCUCUGGUGGCUCAUUUAGUGGGAACGCCUCCUUCCUCCAGCCAGGCACCGCGAGGCCACACCCGCAAGAGGUCCAGUCUAUCGACCACGACGGCGUGAUCCGGCGGUAUCUCAUGACCGACUCCAAGAUCAACAGCACCCUCAAGAUCGGCAUCCUGAUGGUCCAGCUCGAUGGUGAGCGCAAUUACGUCGCACCUCCACUCAAGACCGCGCCCGUUUUCGGCGGCAUUACAGGCAUGGGCAUCACAGGGAGCGCCUCGGCCGCAGCUGGUGUCGCCGGCUCCAAGCCCGGCGGCGAUGUCUACGAGUUGCAGGACAUGUAUCGCCGCGCACUCGCCGCGUCGUGGGCCGGCCACCCAGGUGAGCUGGCUGCCAAUGAGUGCAUCGAAGACAUCUUCCAGGGCGGCGACGGGUUCGGAUCCGACAGCGACGAUGUCAAUCAUCGUCAGAGCCCUGGAGACGUCACGCCGCGUGGCCACGGGAAGCGCGUGGGUCCUCGACCGGCGGGGCAGGUGAUGACUUUCUGCGCGCAGGCGACGCCAGCAGAAGGGGUGGCGCUGGCGCUGGCGGAGGAUGGGGAAAUGCAAAGAGACACCACGCCCGCCACGGAAGCGGCGAGAGCACGAGACGGGAGCAGAGACAGCGAGACGGGCAGCCACCGGGGCGGCGGCUUGGGCAUGCGAGGGCGGAGCGAGAGCCUGGCGAGCCUGACGACUAUGAUCGAGAGCGAGAGGGGCCGAAGCGGGUUCAAGAGCGCCAGGGAGCUGAACGAGUGGGAGGUUAGGGACGAUUUGGUGGCCUGGAGAUUACCUGGGACAGCGUCUUGA